AUGUGGACGUCCUCAAUUAUUCGACCAAUUGUCGCGCAAAGCUCGUUUUGUUUAUCUCGGAUGGCGUCGACAACAGCGAUCGCACCAAAACUUCAUAUUUUACAUUAUGAUUAUGUCGAAAAUGUUGUAGAAAAACGCAAACCGUAUCGAGAAGCUCAUUUGGCGUUUAUUAAUAAACAAGUUGAGAGUGGAAAUGUUAUUUUAGGUGGUGCUGCUGGUAAUCCACCAUCGGAAGCUUUUCUUAUCUUUCGUAAUCUGUCGUCAAAGCAAAUUGAGGAAGUUGCGCAACGAGAUCCGUAUGUUGUCCAUGGCAUCGCUAGAAAAUAUUCUGUGAAACCAUACAUGGCUGUUGUUGGUGAUGAUUUAUUGAAGAACGAUCUGAUUAAAAUUUAG